AUGUCAAGUAUAGAUUGCUUAGAAUUAAGACAUCCAGAUUACUGGACUCGGGAUUUUAACACCUGGGGAGUAAACGACUGGGAUACUUAUUGGAUCGAAAAGCAACCGCAAUCAUCAUCUAUUACUAAACAUGAUUCUCACAAAGCCUUAGCUGACGAUGUCAAUGAGGGAGGGCCGAGUGUCCGUGGCUUAUUGUGGGCUUCCUUCCCACUCAACAUCUCAAAAAAAGCAUAUUUACUAAAUCUUUUGGGACAAGCUGGUCUCCGGAUAGCGCGACGAGGAUUUCAAGUAUACGCUGAUACGGAGUUUGAUUCUGUGGAACAGAAACGAAAGAGAAUAAGAAACAAGCAACAAACAUCGAGAAAUCAAGGAGAACCCUCAAGCGGAAUGAAACUCAGAAAAACAAAGAAUGUUGCCUAUGCUGAAUACUCAAACUCAUCAGAUUCUGAUGGUUAUGUAGAAUAUAAAAAUGCAAGUUCAAAACGAUAUGUCCGUGAUAAACCUGUUUCUCACGAAAGAACGCCUGACCCAACAACCUGUUCAAUCAAAUGUACUUUAUUAACGACACCUAAUAAACCUAUAAUUACAAAAUCAACGUAUUAUCAAUAUUCUGCACAUAUAAUUUGUGCUUUGAAUACAACAAUUCACCUUGUUAAGGAAACUCUUGAAGAACAAGCCUACGAAAAAGUUAAAAAUAUGCUCCAAAUGGGGAACAAAUUGGCUAUAAAGGAUUCAAUAGUCGAAAAGCUUGAGAAAAUAUUUCAAACAAAAUAUUCUGAAAUUGAAUCUAAAAUAAUUUUAGAGACAAAGAUUGAGGAUAACCAAACAACAGAGGAAGAUAGAUUCAUAUUCUUUAUAAGAUAUGCAUUGCUGGACUUUGUCUCAAUGUUUAAAUAUUUAAUGCCAAAAGUUUUGGAUCGUGAUAUGCUUGAACGAUCUUAUAUCGUUGAAUAUCUACUUAUUCUCAGAUUAUCAGACGCAAGGGAACUAUUGAACGUUGAAGUAUCUGGGCCUCCGUAUAGAUCCACAAAAAAGCAUACGGUUGGCGAUAUAAAAAAACUAUUGAUAAUGGCUAUUUGCAAUUUAUGUCGGCUUCUUGGCAACAACUUAGAUUGUAACAUUGAAGACGCAAAAAAUGUAAAAACCUAUAGUAUCCAAGUCAUAGGGGAUCGUCUCACAUUGUUUGCUGUUUCUCUUGCAAACAAAAAAAAAUAUUUGGCUGUUGAAUUGGCCUCAUGCAUUAUUCCACUUACGUUUGAUGCCAUCUCAUGUUAUAAGAAAAUUUUUAAUUUUUUUGCAGUGAUUCGAAAAGAAUUUGUGGAACAGGAAAAAUUGCAGAAAAAAAUUCGUUCUUAUAUUCCAGCUGACAAUUGUACUGAAAAUUUAAGAGAGUGGUUACAUCUCCCGGAUGAUGACAUUUCACUU